AGUUUUGUGUUGUGCGAUCCGAGCGACGGUUGUCAGUGGCGAGUGCGAAGCAAAUAUGACGAACAAAUUAUGUACUCUACUACUUAUAAUAGUGCUAAAUAUUAUAGCAACACAGGCGAAUUUAUUGGAAAUUUUGCGAAUACAAAAUCAGCUGAAGAGCUCGUACCACGAAAUAGAAAAGUUGCAGGCGAAAUAUAAGAGUAAAAUCGAGGAAGCCAUCCUCAAGGAGAAGCAGUCGACACUGCAAGACCUCAGGAUCAAAAUCAGCGACGAGCUGAACAGCUGCCGCGAGGAGAAGUCGGCCCUGGAGGUGCUCAACAAGAUCUACUCCGAGCAAAUCACGGAGCUGCAGAGGAAGGCCAAUGAGGUGACAGCGCUGCAGCUGGAGGAGAAGGAUCGGCAGAUAAAUGAGGGACUGGCGACCAUGGCCACCUUCACGACCAUCAUCAACGAGCAGGCCAAGCAAAUCCAGAUGCUGACUGACGACGCCGCUGUCAAGUCGCAGAUAAUUCUCAACAUGGAAACGAAAGCCAAAGAAAUCGCCGAGCGGCUGAAAAACAAUUUGGAGGAGUUCGAGACGACAACGAAACAGGAAUUCGAGGCCAACAGCUGUGCGGCAUUCCCAGGCUCAAAUGGAGUGCAUGUCAUCAAGGUGGAUCAGGGAGAUGCCUUCCCAGUGGCCUGCGACUCCAGCUUGGCUGGCCCCGGCUGGACCGUUGUGCAGCGUCGAAUCGAUGGGAGCGUGGAAUUCAAUCGCAAUUGGCUGGAAUACCGCGAGGGCUUCGGCAAUCUAAGCGGUGAAUUCUUCAUUGGGCUGGAGAAGCUGCAUCGUCUGACAGCGUCGCAGCCGCACGAGCUCUAUGUGCACCUCACCGACUUCAACAAUGAGAGCAGCCACGCCUACUAUGACAAGAUCGUCGUCGCCGGCGAGAGCGAGGCGUACGCGCUGAGUGAGCUGGGCGAGUACUCGGGCAACGCCGGUGACUCGAUGCGCGAUAAUGAGCACCAAAAGUUCACCACCUUCGACAGGGACAACGACCAGAGCGAAUUUAACUGCGCCGAGACCUGCUUGGGUGGCUGGUGGUACAACAACUGCGGCCUAAGCAAUCUCAACGGACGUUACACCAUGCGCGAUGAGUACUACGAUAACUCCGAAUAUGGCAUAUUCUGGGACGAGUGGCAGGGGCCGGGCUACACGCUGCAGUCUGUGCAGAUCAUGAUCAGGCCCAAGAUCUUCACGGAGAAAUAG